AUGGACAUUCCGCCAUAUUCUUCAAAGAGAUCAGAUGAUAUCAGUGUGGACGUACACUUCUUCCUAAUAUACAUCAAGGAUUUGGACGUCACCAAUCAAGUCCUCACUGUAUUUGGGACGCUGCUUCUGAAAUGGUACGAUCCGCUUCUUACAUGGAACAGUUCAUCACCUGAGAAUCCUACUCAUCUCCAAUUAAAGUCAAGUGAAAUAUGGACACCGACAUUACAGUUUUCCAAUAAUGCUGGCUCCCCACCAGAUUUCAAGAAUGCCUACAUAUACACGAAGGGGACUGGUGAUGUUUUAAUGUCUCUCAGUGACCUGUUCCACACUCAAUGCUACAUCGAUGUCACACGUUAUCCAUUCGACCAGCAACAAUGUAACAUCAUCCUUAAUGCAGUGGCAGGCUACAGUUUCCAAAGCAGCACUGUUUAUUCCCACGCUUUUGAAAGGGUCACAGGGAAGAGUGUUGAGUGGAAGGUAAAUAAUAUUUCUUCAUAUAUUGACACAAUUCCUGAACACUUUGGAUUGCUAAACGUUGUUAAAAUCAAGUUUAUACUGUCACGUGAGUACACGUUUUAUCUUCUGACUGUCAUCACACCCGUGUCUCUGUUGUCCCUGAUGAAUGCCUGUGCCUUCCUUCUGCCUGCCGAGUCUGGAGAGAAGAUCUCCUACCUCAUCUCAAUCCUUGUCACGUACGCUGUGUUCCUUAAUUUCAUCAAUGAAGUGUUGCCCAAGUCAGGAAUUCCGUCUCGCCUCGCCAUUUAUCUGAUAUUGGUGUUCUGCCAAAGCUGUGCCGCCAUCCUGACUACCCUUGGCCUCCUCAACAUGUAUCAUGAAGCAGACGACAAGAAUCUGUCCAUCACUGGGUCGACACCUGUUGGAACAAUGUCUACAAGGGAUGGUGGAUCACGUCUUGAAAUUCAGGGCUCCAACGGCGCAAAGGUGUCUCCGACAGAAUCGGACGACAACGUGACCAAAGUCCCGAAGAUAAGAGGGAAGAGAUGGAUCAAAUCACUUGAGAGAAAACUGUUUUUGGUGUUCCUGGCAUUUGCUCUGUUGUCGUUCAUUCCUCUGUUUGUGUGA